UGCUGCCAAGGGAGAGCGAUCCGGCCCCACGUCACUCGUGCCACCGGUAUAAAAAUGAGGUCCCGCCAUGUCCAUGGCUGUCGGCGCCGGGGAAAGGAGAAGGAGAAAGGAGGAGGAGGAGGAGGAAGAAGAAGAAGAGGAAGAGGAGGAUGCUGCGCGCCUUGGUGGCGGUGUCCCUGUGGCUGCGGGUGAGCCCACGGGCGCAGGGCGCCCCGUGCGAGGCGGUGCGCAUCCCCAUGUGCCGCUCCAUGCCCUGGAACAUCACCCGCAUGCCCAACCACCUCCACCACAGCACCCAAGAAAACGCCGUCCUGGCCAUCGAGCAGUACGAGGAGUUGGUGGCCACCGGCUGCAGCCCGGUCCUCCCUUUUUUCCUCUGCGCCAUGUACGCCCCUAUCUGCACCCUGGAGUUCCUCUACGACCCCAUCAAGCCCUGCCGCUCCGUCUGCCAGCGGGCCCGCGACGGCUGCGAGCCCAUCAUGCGCCGCUACAACCACAGCUGGCCCCACAGCCUGGCCUGCGACGACCUCCCCGUCUACGACCGCGGCGUCUGCAUCUCCCCCGAGGCCAUCGUCACCGACCUGCCGGAGGGUGAGCGCCCCAACUUGGGGGGUAAAAACCUACCCCCCCCCCCUCCCCCCCCCCCCCCAUCUCUGACAACCCCUCAACCCUUUCCCCUUCUCUUCCCCUUUGAAGAGCGGUGCAGGUGCAAAAAGACAAAGCCAACGCUCUCCACCUACCUGGCCAAGAACUACAGCUACAUCAUUCACGCUAAAGUAAAAAGCGUAGAAAGAGGGAACUGCAAUGAGAUAACGACGGUGGUUGACGUCAAAGACAUCCUCAAGUCCUCCACGCUGAUUCCUCUGUCUCAAGUGCCUCUUCUCACAAACUCCUCCUGCCAGUGUCCACCUCUUCAACCGAAGCAGGAUGUCCUCAUCAUGUGCUAUGAAUGGCGCUCAAGGUUGAUGCUUCUUGAUGGAUGUCUAGUUGAAAAAUGGAAGGAUCAACUAAACAAAAGAUUUAAGAGGUGGGAACAAAGACUGCAGGAACAGAAGCUGCGAACGGCCCGCAGUAAGAACCAGAAUGCAGGACGCAGUGGUCGGAGUGGAGCUCCAAAAUCAUCAACCAAGAACACCAGCCCGCUGGUCAGUGGCCCCAAAAAAGCCACUAAAACAAGAAAUGGCCAGAAAGAAACCAACCCUAAAAAAGUAUGAGUGUGAAAGCUCCAAAGGAAAGACUUUUCAUGCACGAUGAGGGUUGCAAUCUGGCUCGGUCGGCAUGUUUUAUUAAUCCAGAACUCAUCGACUUAAAAAUUUCUACAUAGACAUUUUUGCUGCAUUUUCCUUUUAAAAGGUUUGCAUUUCCUUUCAAGCCACUGCAAGCCAUAGAGCGUAGGUUUGCACUAAUAUGUGGUAGGCGUAUUUGAGCUGAGUCAACUUUACCCUUGGGCUGUGAUUUGCAAUUCCAGAUAGAUCUAGCCUUGGCUGCCAGAGGUUGUCCUUAUGCCGGUUGUCUGCCCUGUUUCUCUGCCAGAAGUUGGGGAGCUACAUGGGGCAUCUCUUCUCUCACAGAAUCACAGAAUGUUAUGGGGUUGGAAGGGACCUCUGGAGAUCAUCUAGUCCAACCCCCUGCCAGAGCAGGUCCACCCAGAGCAGGUUGCACAGGAAUGUGUCCA